AUGAUUGAGUACACAGAACAUUUCUUUCGAGGUCUGGACCUAUGGUCGCUGGCGGUCGACGAGGCAUUCCUGAACGUUUCGGUUCCAAUCGACACUGCACCGAGCAACGACUAUUAUCUGUACGCAAUCUCGGAAGAGUGUGAUAAGUGUCCUUUUACAAAAUUACAACGCAUUCCGGCUGGAAAAAGACACACGUCUUUCAAAAUCGACAUUUCACGUCGGUUUGGUUUACGGGUCCUCGAUCGAGAUGUGGGCAGAUACUCUUAUGAUAACGACACCAACCUGUGCCAAUUUAACAACGUACAAUUGGGCGAAUUUGGCGUUUACGACCUGAACAUCAACCCCGAUGGCAACUGCAAGCUAGAGACGGCCAAAGAGCCUGUGAACGUUUACCUUCCGUUCCUCACGAUCGCAUUGAUUGCGGUUGCCAUUGUCGGUAUUGUGCGAUUGGCACGGUAUGGCCUCAAUCGUUCUCGUAUGGUGAGAUCUCAGGCCGCAUCGCCUCAAGCAUCGGCAGUAGAGGGUGAAUCUGCUGCAGAAGAAAAUGAUAAGCAUGAGACAGAUGCAUCAUCCCAAGUCACCCCCAAAAAGCGCCUCCAAAGUUUAGACACGUUUCGCGGCAUCGCAAUUAUGCUGAUGAUUUUUGUCAACAGCGGUGGAGGCCACUACUGGUGGAUCGAACAUGCUACCUGGAAUGGGCUACACGUAGCAGAUCUGGUCUUCCCAUGGUUUCUUUUCAUCAUGGGAGUCUGUGUUCCGAUUUCUCUUCGGGGUCAGAUCAACCGAAAUGUACCUCAACGCGCGAUUCUUUCAAACAUAGCCGUUCGUUCGAUGAAGCUGUUUCUAAUCGGCCUUUGUUUAAACUCGAUCAACGGACCUUCCAUGGCCAGUCUGCGGAUCUUUGGGGUGCUGCAGCGGUUUGGUAUCGCCUACUUUGCUGUCUCGACCCUGUAUCUGUUGUGCUACGAGCAGGUAUUCCAAUCACAAAACCGCCUUCUACGAGCGAAUGAAGAUAUUUUCAGGCUGAAGAAGCAAUGGUUGCUUAUAGGGGCUCUGACACUCAUUUAUCUUGGGGUGAUAUUUUUCGUAGCUGAACCAGGUUGUCCUAGAGCUUACUUCGGACCGGGUGGAAAGCACCUGUGGAACGCGUUUCCCAACUGCACCGGUGGCAUCACGGGGUACAUCGACAGGUCGAUUCUAGGACUUGCGCAUCUCUACCAGCAUCCGACGGCACGUUACGUUUACGACGCCAUGCCGUUUGAUCCGGAGGGGCCAUUUGGGUGUAUUCCUACGGUACUGCAAGUGUUUCUCGGACUGCAGUGCGGCUGCACGAUACUAGCUCACUCGGAUCACCGUCAGCGCAUGGUGCGCUUUGGAGCCUGGUCACUCUCGCUUGUUCUUGCUGCUGGAAUCCUCUGUGGAUUCUCAAAAAAUGACGGUUGGAUUCCAGUGAACAAGAACCUCUGGUCGCUGUCGUAUGUUCUAGCAACGGGCUCACUAGCCUAUCUGCUACUCCUGCUAUGUUACUACACUAUCGAUGUGAAACGUGUCUGGAGCGGUCGACCGUUCGUUUACGCCGGUAUGAACGCCAUCGUUCUGUACGUAGGACAUACGGUGUUUCACAAGAUGCUACCGUGGCAUUGGCGUAUCGGCAUGAUGAACACGCAUUUUAUGCUUACGCUGGAAGCGCUAUGGAACACAGUGCUGUGGAAUCUCAUUGCGCUGUAUCUGUUCAAACGACGGCUGUUCUACAAUCUUUAA